AUGAUGAAGGCCAUAGUACUACUCUCUCUUGCCCUCAGUGCUGUCGCGCAAACCGAUAAGUGGGUUAUUCGCUGCGAGACCUCGGAUGGUAACCCUUCUUCCGGCGACGUCACCGAGAUGAUCAACAACCUUAAGGCCGAGGAGGCUACCAAGACUUUCUGUGUUGUAGGUAGCGGCGGCAACGACUGCAGCCCUAUCUGGCGCCAAUACUCCAACGGAAAUAGCGCCGCCUUCCAGAUCUGCGGGGCCAAUUGUGGCGGUGACUUUCGCUGCCUACAGAACACCGGACCCGGCACCUGUCCUGGCGGCCAGUGCUCGGGCAUGCAUCCUGGAAUGGUUGCUUCCCUCCUGAACGAGAUACAGCAGACGUGCCAGAGCAACGGGAAAGUCGGCGGUUAUGCCGACUUCCCAGCCGGCGACCUGAAGCUCAUCCACUCCUAA